GGACCGAGCUCGCGCCACAUCCUCGCGCACCGCUCUUAUGGGACUCACGCACCGCAUGCCUCAUUUUGAAUUUUUGAGUGAGUUUCCCUUUGGUUUUGAAUCUUGAUCUCUCUCUGGGGCGCGCUUCGUGGGUAAUGUUAAAAAAAUGGAGAAAAACGGUGAAGUAGAAGAAGGUCCAUCCUCUACUCUUCCGAUAGGAACGAGGCAUUCAGAUUUGAAGAAAUCGUUUAAGCUCGCCCUUCGCUCUCUUCUCACUGCCUGUUCCAACCAAGAAUUCUGCAACGCAUUCCCAAGGUUUACUGCUGCGGAGCAACAACCUCUCCACCGCCUAUUCAUUCAGGUCGUUACUUCCUUGCAUGAAAAUAUUGAGGAUGAGUUUGAGUCUCUGUGUCUUGAAACGCAGGUGGGAGCCACUCUAGAUUCCGUAGAGCAACUUGUUGAAGAACAGAGUCUGGACUCAUUGUUUUUGAAUAAGACCAAUGUAAUGGAUGUUGCUGGAAAUCUUUCAAUAGAAAAGAAGAACGAGAUCCAAUUAUUGACGGGUAUGCUGGAUAUGGCUGAGAAACGGAACAGCCUUAUCCGUGCUCGUGUUGAACACCUCAGGCAAGGAAUGCAAGAUGUCUCGGGCAUGGCAGAUGCCUUAGAGAAGUUGAGAAGCAGGAGUUUAAGUUACGCAUGCAACAGCAAUGCCAUCCAUGAUCCUUGAUUUGUGCGGUAGAUGUAUUUUGCAGCUAUUGACAUAGCUGCCUCCCUAGCUUGCGCGUCUAUCUUUCCUUUGGCAUGUCCUGUUUUCACAAUCAGAAUGUCCCUGACUGCUGCUAGUUGUAAUAUAGCAUCUGUAAAAGAAUCUUAUAUAGCAGCUCCUACGUAUUAUGGCUACUAGACAGUCUAGACUAGACCCUUUUUUUUUUUUUUUUUCGUUGGUUUGGGAUAGAGAAGCUGAGAAGUUUUACCCUAUUGAUCCCAUGUUAAUAUUUAUAUUGCCUUUUGGCUAUUUUAUUUAAGGUAAAAUUUAAGGCUGGUUUGGUCAAA